AUGCGAAAUACCACAAGAUACACAUACAUAAACUGUACCAAUUUGUCGAAACGUAUCAUUUAUAUUAAUGAUUUUAUUAAUUCUUCCCCCUUCUUUUCAGAUGUUCUAAAAUUGGCCUCCUUGGGCAUGACUUUAACCAUCUUGGCGGCUGUAAUUUUGGUCAGUGAUCCUGUAGCAAAGAUUGUUGAUUCUCAAUUGGCUUUAAAAACUGGUUCCUUGUUAUAUAAUUUAUGGCUGAAACCACCUUUAAGUGUCUACAUCACUGUGUAUAUGUUUAAUGUUACAAAUUUAGACGCAUUUACACGCGGCCUUGAUGCCAAAUUGAAAAUCACCGAAGUGGGUCCUUAUGUGUAUCAGGAAAUACUAGAGAAUCAUAAUGUGACCUUCAAUGCAAAUAACACAGUAACCUACACACCCAGACGUAUUGUAAAGUUUAUACGUGAAAAAUCAGUGGGAGAUCCCAAGGUGGAUAAGAUUAUUGCCCCAAAUAUACCAUACAUGGGUGUUACGUCAGCUGCUUCUGGUUUUUCUACAUUUGCUGCAUUGGCCAUAAGUGCAUUGACACGCAAACUCAAUUCGAAGCCCAUGCUGGAAAUGUCUGUGCACGAAUAUUUGUGGGGCUAUGAAGAUAAUCUGGUGUAUUUGGCUUCUAAGAUUAUACCCAAUGUAAUAAAUUUCCAAAGAUUUGGUUUAAUGGAGCGUAUGUUUGAUGAGGGUGAGAAUAUAGUGACCAUGCAGUUGCCCUCUAAGGAGGCAAAAAAGUCCUCGGAAAAGUCUAGAGAUUAUGCCAUAGAUACUUGGAAUGGCCGUAAAAGUAUCAAGUAUUGGAGUGGUACUGCUAACAGCAAUAUUACCAAUUGCAACAGCAUUAAAGGCACCUAUGAUGCUACAUUGUUUCCUCGCAACAUUACCAAGGGUGAAACUUUUCGGAUUUAUCGCAAGGCCUUUUGUCGCACUUUACCUAUAGUGUAUUCCCAUCCGGGCGAGAUUGAUGGCAUUGAGGCUUAUCAUUUUAAAUUGCAUGAAAAAGCUUUCGAUAGCGAUAGCGAAGAUCCAGAUUCCUCUUGUUUUUGCGCCAAUAAAAAGUGCUUGAAAAAGGGUUUGGGCAAUAUUACCCCCUGUUAUUACAAUAUACCUUUGGCUAUAUCCUUUCCUCAUUUCUUUAAUGCUGAUCCCUCUUUAUUGGAUGCCAUAGAAGGUUUGAAUCCCGAUGAAGCAAAACAUGGCUCGGAAAUUGUUAUACAACCACAAUUAGGCAUUCCUAUGAAAGUGCGUUCUCGUUUUCAAAUAAACUUGCUAAUGGAUGAGGUCAAAUAUAAUCGGGAAAUGACCAGAUUUCGUAAUAAAGUUUUGCCCAUAUUUUGGCUGGAAAUUGGUGUCGAAGAGCUUACGCCAGGCAUAAAAAUGCUUUUGAAACUGCUCUUCAAAAUUUGUCCUUAUGUACAAUGUGGCCUAAUUAUUGCCUUAAUUGUGGCCGGUCUGUCACUUGUUGGUAGCGCCCUGCUCUCAUGCUUCUGGUUGUCAACCUCAACCUCAUGCUCUUCAUCCGCGUUGCAAAAGCAAAGGCAGACACAAAAAUGCAAUGUUCUAUUAACGGAGUCGUCCAAGAACUCAAAUAAAAUGAAUAAGAUAAAUGUUUGCAUAGUACCAUUACUGCCACCAACUUCACCAAAGCCAGCCACUGCAGUGCCACUGGAACAACUGGCAGCAAAGGGCAAGGGUGAGAAGAUGGCUACGAUGAUGAUGUUGAUGCCACCACAAGUGGACCAGCAGAAGAGCAAGUCGAAGCUGCAGCAGUUAAAGAAUAAAUUUAGCAAAAAGGACAACACAUUGCUGCCUUUCCUACAAAAUGAGUUUAUGACAACAUAA